AAAAGGAGAAGCCAGGAUGGGGAUCAGCGGGCUCCAGAGUGUGGGGCGGAAGGGCCCGUGUGCCAGUCCCUCGGUUGAUGUGGUCAGAGACCAUGCAGCUGGGCAGCGCCUUCCUCCUCCUCUGCCUCCCAGGCUGCCUCACCCUAGGCACCCCCAAGGUUUUAGCGGGCCCGGUGGGGAGCACGCUGAUGAUAACAUGUAGGUACAAGGUAGGAGAGGAAGGUCGCAGGAAGUUCUGGUGCCGAGGGGCCAACUGGAUGGACUGUGUCCGGGUCAUUGAGACAGCACAGCCAGCAAAGGAGGAGGUGAGGGAUGGCCGAGUGACCCUCCAGGACAGGCCGCGCGAGCAUCACUUCAUCGUCAGCAUGGCGAGCCUGGAGAUGGGAGAUGCGGACACUUACUGGUGUGGAGUGGACUCGCCCGAGCAUGUCCCCCAGGCCCCAGUGACGGUGGCUGUUCUCCCAGGCCCCACAACAGCAGCAGCCAGGACCCUGGAAACAGUGGGCUCCGGUACGCCCGCCAGUCCCAUGUCCAACCCUGGGCAUCCCACCUGGAUGCUCUGGAUCUACAUCAGUUGCAUGUUCCUGGUCUCGCUGAAGGUGACCUUCCUGCUGAGCCUCGGCUGCAUCAUCACCUGGCUGGUCUGGCCUUCAGCUUUUCCCUGAGAAACGAUGACUCCCAGCCUUGGGCUGCUCCCAGGGAUGUGACGCUGGCUGUGUCAGCUCUGAGGAUCCUGCAGGAACCCACGCUCAGGGUCACAU